AUGGUCAAUGUCUCCCUCGUGUCUACUAAAGGGAAUCAUGUGAAAUGGUUCCCCUACACUGGCCUACUAGGCCUCACCCAUCUGAAAGUUGAAGGAGCCGUGCGGACCCGACUUGACGCUGACCUCAAACCGCUUCCCGCCAGUUCUGUCAUUGUUUUUGUUCGCUGCUAUGAGACUCGCAUCGGGCUUUUGGGCGUAUUGACUUCAAAUAUUCUCGUGGAAUAUAGUCAGACCCUGUGGAGUGCAGGGUCAACAAACAGCUACUCGGAUAUUGGUGACCUGGAGUUGCCAUUCCGUAUAAACAUUCCACCAGACGUCGGCGGCUUUAGCACUGCUUCGUAUGCCUCGGUUUAUAAGUGCACAUGGCGUGUCGAAGUCAUCGUCAACCAUAUUCCAUUGCUAGGUGUAGGCGCAAAGAUUAUGAAGCAUUCAGAACUUCCACUCAUCCGUUUCGACGUCCCACAUUCAUUCAGGCUGUCUACACCUCCCGCUCUCACCCAAGCCAUCUCUCACCCACAUCUGCCGCCCAUACGAUACGCUGUGGAAGCUCCGAAAGAAGCCAUUGGUCCUCUUGAUCUUGUCCCCAUAUCAAUCCAACUUUCCUCUAGCUCACCUGUGACUUUCCGCAGUGCUAGCGUCAUAGUAGAGCGCCGACUAACAAUAAAAGAUCCCAGUCGAACAACUUCAUCGCCGACUUCUCACACCUCUCGGUCGCUUCCCAUCCCCCAACAAAAUUCCUCGCCGUCACCAUCACCCGCUUCCAGUUUCCAAGAGAAGGCAUCCACGGUUUCAUCCACAACAACCAUAACACCGGCCGCCGACACUCGUGCCACGAGCUCUUCGCUGGUCAAUCAUAUUGCCGCUGCCGAAUCAUCGGGUCAGUUCGCGUUGUCUGCUUCUGGUGUGUGGAGCAAGACGUUGACUCUCCAGUGGCCGGCUGCAAAAUCCCAUAGUAGAUGGGCUAUCGGCGAAUCAAUCGAAUCUGAACUGGUGGCGGUCAGAUUCUUUGCUCGGAUUAAGCUUGUUGUCUCAUCAUCGCAUGGGACUGAAUCAGUUGAACUAGCAGAGUGCGAAUUGUUUGUCGUGUCGACCAACGAGGCUGAGCGACAAUUGGCUCUAUCCAAGUACGACCAGUCACGUUACUCCGAAGGUGGUCGGUCUAAAUCCAAGUCACCUCGGAGAUCGCAUAGACAGUCUGACACCGCUCCGCCUCUGCCUGCUUCCGGCUCAAGAGUUGAACAUCCGCAUCGAACUUCUGUUUCCACAUCGUAUUCCCCUUCGCCAUCUUCCUACAAGCCACCACGUAGGCCACACACCAGUGCUGGACCUAGAGACAAAACCCGCUUACGUGUAGAAAAUCCGGUCCAACCGAUAGAACGCACAAACUCGGAUAGUAGUACGCCCAGUCUGAGCUCUCCAUCCUCGAGCGACAGUCACCCAUCAGACGAGAUCAAGGAAUGGGAGGAAGAGCUUGCACAAAUUGAGCUACGAAGUCGGAGAUCAAGCGAUUUGGUGGCAAUGGCUCGUACCAGGCGUUUAGAUGUACCUUCAUAG